AUGCUUCGAAGCAGACUCGCUGCGGCCCCUGUUACUGCCAACUCUAUGGCAGCGCACCACGAAACAGACUGUGACAAGGGCCGGAGCGGCGGCGAGCAAACCUCUGGAGGGCUUGAGAUGGCAGCAGGAGAGUGUGCGACGCAGCAUGAGGAGGCAGCGCUGCAGCCACCAGCGUCGCCCCGCCAUGCGAAGCGGCCCACAGUGCACACGCAGGCAGAGGCGGGCGGUGCGAGAGGAGAGCGGGAGAGGGGGGAAGCGAGUGGGCUGUGGUUCGUGAUGAACGGCGGUGGGCAGGCUGCGGUUGUGGGGCGCGAGGAUGAGGUGGAGGAGGGGGAGGUGAGGAGUGAGGACGGGGAGGAAGGAGAGGAGGAAGGAGAGGAGGAAGGAGGAGCGGAGGCGGGAUUUGAGAUGGAGGGAGAGGAGAGAGGAGCAGAGAUAGAUGGGCAGGAGGAGAAAGGUGAAGAGGUGGAGAACGCGGGGUACGAAGAGGAUGACGAUGUGAUUGAGGUGGGUCCUGGUGCGAUAGGGACUCAGGCAGUACAGCAGCGGCAGGAGGAGCAGAUGGAGCAGAAGAUGCCGCAGGCAGUGCAAGUGCAAGAGCAAAGGCCCGGCAGCAGAGAGAAGCACAAGGGCGGAGGUAUGGGACGAGGGGAAGGAGGAGGAGCGGGGGGAGGUCCCACCCACCCGAGUGCACGGCGGUCCUUGGCUGCUGCAUUCGCAGGUGCCGAGGGCACCAAAGGGGCAGAUGACGGAAGGAAGCAGGGGGCUUUUAUGGGCCCAGGCCCGCAGACCAGCCCUCUUGCAGCGGGCGAUAAGGAGCGUCAAGUCUGCUUGGUGAAGCCCUGUAUUGAUGCUACAGUGUACCUCGUUAUAGACAACCUGGAGCAGCUCAAAGCCUUCCCUGCAGGGGAAGGCCCGCAGCUGCUGGAAACUUUCCUCCGUCUGCCCGAACUGCUGGGGCAGUCUAACUUAGGGCUAAUUCUAGAGCUGGAAACUGUUCUCGUGGGGAUGCGACCCAAUCAGCCGCUCUUCCUCUCCUUCCUCAGGCAGGUGGUUCCGGUGUAUUCCCGUGCCUGUCGCUCCCUGCCGCACCUCGUCUCGCUCGUGGACCACUCCUGGCCGCUCUACACCACUCCGAUCACCACAGGCACCGUGUCCCCCGACCACCCCAGCUGUGCACGCCUGCUGUAUAUGCGCGCACAGGAGCACAUAGGAGCCACACUCAAGCAGCCCGUCUCCACGCUCGUACGCUCCUCUGUCAUGGAUACUACUGCUGUUGCUGCUGCCACUGCUUCAGCUGCCAACUCCCCGUUCCACGGAAUGUACCCACUCCAGUGCACCCUGCAGCAGCCGCAGCAGCAGCAGCAGAUGAUGCUAGGGUGGGGCCCAGAAGCUCCAAUGGACGGACCAGAUCUUCCCAUCAUGGCUCGAUUCGCCCUUGUGGCAGCGUUCACCUGCUCACGCAACCCAGCACCGUCCGAUUCGACCCUCUUCAACUUCUCAGACUCUUUGCAAGCCGGUGGAGCCGGGUUUCGGUCCAGGAGGAAGAGGAAGGCAAGUGCAGCGGAUCUAGACAAGCAGGCGAGAGAGGCCAGGGAGGCUCAGCAGCAGGGGCCCAUUCCCUUCGCUCUUUCGCGCUGGCUGUUCAUGGCCCACCACUUGGUGAAAGCUCAUUGGUCCUCUCCUCUCGCCUCGGUUGCUAGUGGUGGUGCUGCUGAGUCAGCACCUGCGGUGGAUGACAGCCUGCUGACUCAGCUUGCGACUCUGAUUCGCGGAGGGCUGGUGAGCCAGUCAGGGGAAGACAGGCUGGCGAGCACGACACGGUUCAAGUGCAGUGCCAGAAAGGAACUGGUGAAGCAGGUGGCGAACACUCUUGGCAUUCGACUGGAGCAGCUUCUACUAUUUGGCUAG